AUGAAGUGUCUAAAAUCAACAAAAUACCUAUGUUUUAAUGGUAAUUACUUUUUUUUUCCAAAAAAACGGCUUCAAAUCAUAUAUUUAACAUUUUCUACAGGAAUCCUUGAUAGAACAUAUUUGUUAAGAAAUGGAAUACCAGGAGUAUUUAUACGAGGCAUUGAAACCCAAACAAUUUCUGAAAAAGACUCAUUAAAAGUUCUCGCUGAACAACGACUAAGAAGACCCAAUUCGCCACAUUUAAGCAUCUAUCAACCACAACUGACAUGGUAUAUGUCUGCAUUUAAUAGAAUCACUGGAUGUCUUGUCUCUGGUGGACUAUAUGUUUUUGCUAUCAGCUAUCUUGCAUCUCCAGUUUUUGGAUGGCAUUUGGAUUCUGCUUCUAUUGCAUCUAUGUUUCAUACUUGGCCAACGCAAGCAAAAGUAUUAACAAAAUUUGUUUUUGCUUUCCCGUUUACAUAUCAUUCUUUUAAUGGACUACGACAUCUUUAUUGGGAUACUGGUAGAGGAUUAACACUUAAAGGCGUCUAUAUGACAGGAUAUAUAGUUAUGGGUUUAUCUACUAUUUCUGCACUAACAUUGGCUUUAAUAUAA